GGCAUUCAUUUCACCCUCCAUGUGAUGUGAUGAGUCCAUCCAUUAUUCAUAGCACUGUGGCUCUGGUGCAACCAAAACUCAAAAGAUGCCAGCCAAUGCACUCACGACUGAGAGGCGGCCCUCACCAUAAAGGGACCUGCCCCCACACACUCGUCCGUCCGUCUCUCAUUUCCUCUUAUCAUCUCAGCGCAAUGCACUCGAUCGCGUUGCUCACACACAGCCGCCUCUCUCUGUCUCUCUCGAAUCGGUUGUGCCUCACGCGAAUUUCCAGUAGAUGAUGAAUAUGAUAGCCAGCACACACACCCCGAUGAUCGAAUACAGCAAGAUCUUGUUCGCCACCACACGCCGACCCUGACUCACGCGACACAGACAAGUACGAUGGAUGGACCGGUGUCUGUCUGUCUGUGUGUCUGUCUGUCUGUCUGUGUGUAUGUAUGUGGCUGUCUGACUGACCAUGUUUGCGAUGGUUCUUCUCGCCCAAUCCAGGUUGUAGCUCACGUCAGACAACUACACACACACAGAGAGGAUUGAUCACCUCACCCCGCCCAUAGCAUCCAUCCAUCCAUCCUUGCUUACGUUAUGUCUGGUCCUGAGUAUGGUUUCCCUCUGUGACCUCAGGUCCCCCAGUAUCUCCCCACCGAUCUGCUCGGUCUCCAGCGCCAAACGACGCGACUCCUGAGUGAGUGAGGCAUGAACCGAACCGUCACACACACAGAGAUGGCACCCACCAUACGAUGGUGUGCUGGUUGGUGUCCAUCCAUCUGUGUGUGUACCUCCAGCUGGUCGACGCCCUGCCUGAGUCCGUUCCGCGCGUCAAGUAACCGCUGACGGUGCUCGUGAGAUCCACUACCCACUGACACAAACAAAGACACACACACAUGUUUGUUUUCCCGUGUGUGUUUGCCCUGCCCUGCCCUGCCCCCCUGGCCCUCUCUCUCUUACGUACGUCCAUUCAUCUCGAAUGCGCCUCCCCUGCCCCCUCUCUGCCCCAGCAGUGCCUUUCUCUCGAGGUCUGUCCUCGCAUUCUGAAACUCCUGGGAAAGCUCUGUCAGAUUCGUACGCCGGCUGGCCAUCUGAACAUUACAGACAGACCAGACAGGCACGCACAUGGGCGAUGGAUGAGUUGAGUUGGUCACUCAUGUCAUCUGCUGGGGUGUGAGUCACACUUACACUUUCGGCGAUGUGUGGUGCUGUCGACGCCGGCAGGGUGCGGCACUCCAUUUCCAUCUGCCGCAACUGAACACACCCCAAAUCAACACACACACACACACACACACACAUGGACACACACUUGCCUGAGGGCCAACAUGCUGCGCUUGUCCUUUCUUGGCAUACGUUCUGUUCUGCCUGUUGGAUGAAUUUCUGGCAGUCUGCGAUGGCCUGCCGGAGGUCUGACGUCGAAUCUGGUGCAUACAGACACACACAAUCGGCAACAGACAGAGGAGUCGAUGGCACACAUGGGGCCGUGUUUGUGCGGUCCCCCGGCCUUCAAGUUGACCUUCGUAGUUGUUGAGGAUCUUGAGUUUGCCCUCCACCUCCACUAUAAGACGGUCUGACAAGACAACCAUGGACACACACAAGCCAUUCUUCCUUCCCCCGUCGCCCUUUUUGUUUUCACCGAAGUCUUCUUGGUACGUCGAGAAGAGAUCUGACAUGCCGACUGUUGUCAUGCCGCACACGAGCGAUGCGAUGCGCAACCCGAUGAGCUCAAGAGCCCAGCUCUCCUGUGGACAUUCACAAGGCUUUUUGGCACUCACAAAGCCAGGUGCUCUCCAAGGCAACGUGCUGCGCUAGAAAGGCAACACGGC